GGCCAUAUUCAUCUUUUUGAAUCUGUAGUUCAGCUAAACUGUUAGUUAGUCCUAGCUAGCGUUGGAAAUCAUUUAGCCCCGUGUGUAUUUAUGAGAUGUCGUCCUCCUGUCAGAGGCAGCAGUGCGUGUAGAACAAUGUAGCGGCAGUGAAGUAAUGUCAACUCCUCACGACUUUGUUGGGUUACUAUGAGCUCCCUAUCAGCCCAGCCUCCGGCGUCAGGCUCAUCAUGCAGGACACUACCUGGAGAGGGGAAUCAGGUACAACCAAAAGCCCCUCUCCUGCAGAUUCUGCGUGUUGCUGGAGCCCGGGAAGAAGUCUUCACACUCAAAGAGGUGAUGCACUACUUGGGUCAGUACAUUAUGGGGAAGCAACUGUAUGACAAACAGAGGCAGCACAUCGUCCACUGCCAGGAUGACCCUUUGGGAGAGCUGCUGGAAGUGGACAGCUUCUCUGUCAAAAACCCAAGCCCGGUGUAUGAAAUGCUCAAGAAAUACUUGGUUGUGCUUGGUUGUGCUGACGCUGCAGAGAAUCUUUCUGUGGGCCGUGAAUGUGUAGAGGGCGGAGUGGAGGAUCGUGGUCAGAUAUGCAGAGGUGUGGUCAAAGCAGGACUCGAGGCUGGCAGUGAUGGGCCUCUCCUGCAGACCCCCUCCCAGAGACGACCUCGGGAACCAGACGAUGACUCCCUCGAAGGCCUCCCAAGGUCAGCCUGCAAACGGCCCAAACUGGAUGUCACUCUGGACGACUGGGACCUCUCCGGCCUGCCCUGGUGGUUUCUGGGUAACCUCCGAAGCAACUACAGCCGUAGGAGCAAUGGUUCCACUGACAUCCACACAAACCAACUGUCUCCUGCACAGGAGGAGGACACGGCCAUUGUGUCCGACACCACAGACGACCUCUGGUUCCUGGCUGAGGGCGAGAGUGAGCAGGUGAGCGUGGAGAUGAAAGAGGCUGCUCUGGAGGAAGGGAGCGGAGGAGAAGGGGAGGCCCCACCUGAGGAUGAUGAUGGAGGAGGGAAGGAGGAGAAGGCAGAUCGAGAGAUGCAUGAGGAGCCAGAUGAAGACUCUCAGUGUCUGAGUGAUGACACAGAUACAGAGAUCUCCACACAGGAUGCAUGGCAGUGCACAGAGUGCAGGAAGUACAACACACCUCUACAAAGGUACUGUGUUCGCUGCUGGGCCCUGCGUAAGAACUGGUACAAAGAUGUCCCUCGACUCGCCCAUUCCCUUUCUGUCCCCGACAUCCCAGCAUGCAGCUCCCUCACCACCCAUGAUGAGGAAGAUGACAGCGACACAGGCAUUGAUGUCCCAGACUGCAGCAGGACAGUGUCUGACCCUGUCAUCCUGCCCUCUCAUUCCACAGCUGAACGACCACUGCCUACUAUGGUCAUGGGGAAAGGCAAGGGGCCUCGGCCCUCGGGCUUCCACAAGGAUGAGCAGCUCUCAGAAGGGGAUAGUCAAGAAAAUCUAGGCAUGGAGGUUGAAGAAGUUAGGCCCGAGGCACUGUUGGAGCCUUGCAAGCUCUGCCGAGUGCGACCACGCAAUGGAAAUAUAAUACAUGGACGUACGGCUCAUCUGCUAACCUGCUUCCCUUGUGCAAGGAGGCUACAUAAGUUCCAGGCCCCUUGUCCAGGGUGUGGAAAGAUCAUUCAAAAAGUUAUUAAGAUAUUCAUCCUCUAAAAAUCUCUCUCUCAAACACACACACACACACACACGCGCAAAAACACAUUCGUCAGGCUCUUGGGAUCUAAACAGCAAAAACACUCAUUUUCAAAUGCAUUUGGCCGUACAGCUGCAUGCACUCUGUUACACACACACACACACACACACUCUGCUUGUAGACACAUACACACAAAGUGUGCACCUUACCUUUAAACCCACACACAUAUAUACACAAAGAUAGCACUUGGUGAAGCUUGCUCUUGGUUGCAUGGUUUAUUUUGCAUCACACUGCCUCUGAAGUAUUGCUAGAUGAGACCUUGGACAUAAGAGUUUGUCAUUCCAAAUGUUUGUUUUGGUGCCACAUUUUAAGUAAGGGACAUACAAAAGCAGAAGUAUUUAUUUAUUUAUUAGAAGAUCACAUGGAAAUGCACAGUUUGUGUUAAUUACUAUUUGAUUUUUAUGAAGGCUUGUCUUUUCAGGUUAUGUCAAUUUUCUCAUUGGUUUUUUUUUUGCAUUUGAGUUGUUGAAUGGUGCCAUUUUAAAAUCUAGUAUUGCUUGCCUUAGUUCUGAUAGUUUCUCCAUAGAUUCACUUCGGUCAUCAUCUGGACUAAAAAUCUGCAGGUAUUCUGGUUCUGAGAUUUAUGAAGACAGGAUUGAAGGAAGAACAGACGAGUGAGUCUUAAAAACCAUGAUUUUGUUUUCAACAGCUGCAGCUCCAUGAAAAUAUCUUCUUAAAAAUGCGUUCGAAUCAGCAAAAGUGAAUGUACUGUACAAUACAAGUGUGGUGGCUUAGGUCCUGUUUGACUCAACAUAGUAUUUUAAAAUGUAGAAUUGAAUUUAACCUGCUUGAGAAUGCACAGCUGAAGUACUUACUGUAGUUUUCUCUCGGGGGUAGUAAUUUGAUGUUAAUAUGUACUCAAUAUUUACAGUUGCCAAGCCUCCGAUGACAGUUAUACCUGCAGUAACUUCUGUCAUAAAAUUGUUGGUUAAUAUCUAAAUAGUAUCAUUCAGAAAGGGCACUUAACUCCCUUCGCUGGCCUUAUGAUGAAUGAACAGUCUCUGUAUAUUUUGUAUUUAAUUUAUUUAUGAUUCUGUUUUGUUUAGAUGACCACCUGUAAUGAAGCAGGGAAAAAAAAAAGGCUGCACUUGUUACAGAGUUCUAAUGUGUAAUUUACAGCAAAGGUGUUUUCUGAAAGAUGAACAGGAAGUCUUUAAGGAAACAGGCUAAGUUACCAAAUGUACCCUCAGUUGAAAUGAUGGUGCAGUACUUAUUUGGAGCUGGGCGUUUGAUUUAAGCAUUACACUGCCAAGUAAUGACUUUGAACUUUAAUUUGUAUAUAACAGAUUUUAUUUGAAUGGUUCUUCAUUAUUAAGAUUAUAGAUAUUAUUUACUUUCUGUGGGUGUGUGAGCUGUCUACAAAUACAGUAUGCUCUGUAGCUUUCACUCUGUAAGACUCUUGGCUCUGCUUGGUGUAGAGGGAGUAACAUAGUUCUUUUGUUCUGCUCCUUACUUGUGCUUAAUCUUUCUGCCAGCAGGUGGGGAGAAGUCUCAAUAUUGUAUCUGGUGCACACAGAAGCUGUACAGUACCAGUAAUAACAUGUAAUGCAUAUAUAGCGCAUGCCUCCUGUCGUGACUAGCACCAGCACUGAGCUGGUGUGUGAGAGUGAUACUAUCAACUUAAAAUCUAUAAAAGAUAAUUGUAGCCUGUUGUAUUUAUCAGCAUCAUUGUGCGCCCUGAAAGACAAACUUCCUCUAGAUACAGACCUCAUAAAAAUGGCAUAGUAUAUAUUAUACCAGUGUAUUGGUCCAGAAUGACAAACAAUUGUUCCAAGUAUUGACAUUGAAACUAUAAUGUGCUCAAAGAUGGUACAGCUAAUAUAGUUGUUGUUUUUCUACUGGUCAUGAAAUAAAAUAAGUUGUUUUGUAAAGCA